AUGAACGGCGGUGUCAGCGGCGGUGGCGGUGGUGCCUCCGCCCUGAAGGUGCCCGAGGUGCGCGUGAGCUUGGCCAUCAACGACCAUCCUCUGCAGCAGACGAUCGCUCAGGCGGCCGCGGCCACCCUGUCGUCGCUGCAGCCGGCGUCCAAGCAGCGCGCGACGUACAACAGCAGGGACGGGGCAGGCGGCCACGGCGGCGGUGGCGGCGGUUGCGGCGGGACGGUGGUGUUACUGUCGCCCGGCGUGGUCGGCGCCGCGCCUCGGCGUAGACACUCUUGGAUAUGCGGGUAA